GGUUUGUUUUGGCUUUCAGGAAAUAGAUUCGUUUUCGUUUGCGACGUAUAGGUAAAGGGUUGUGUUGUUUGUUUUUUAAAGACGCUUUAAACAUUAGCCACUAGUAAAACACCCUAACUGUGACAGACGGACUUCAACUAUGUCUCACCAAACAGGAAUUACGUGUAAUGAUGAAUUAAAAGAUGUGUUUCGAGAUUGUACAACAGAAGGUGGAAUCAGAGCGGUUAAAAUAGCAAUAAAAGAUGAAACCCUAGAGUGUUCAAACUCAGUGGAUAAGUUGUCGGAUUCAUGGGAAGCAGAUUUUGAUGACGUGGUGGGCCCACUGCUGGUGGAAAAACAACCAUGUUAUAUCUUGCUUCAACUUCAAGAUAAAAAUACCUGGCUGUUUAUUGUCUUUUCCCCAGAUGAUUCUCCGACAAGACAAAAGAUGUUGUAUGCUGCUACCCGAUCCACUUUAAAAUCAGAGUUUGGUGGUGGAUUUAUCACUGAUGAGCUGUUCGGCACCAAAACGGAUGAAGUUUCAUACGCUGGCUACCAGGAAUACUUGACACACAAGCAUGCACCACCUCCACUUACUAAUGCUGAGGAAGAACUAAAGUUCCUUGAUGAGACAGAGGACCGAACUCCACCUGGUGUAACAACGAGGCAUCAAACUGUGCAAGGUUUGGCCUUCCCUAUAACUGAUGAUGCACAAAAAGCAUUACAAGAGUUUAAAGAGGGUUCAGUUAAUCACAUCGAAAUGAAUGUAGACCUGGAGAAAGAAACAAUUUUUAAAGUUUCUUCUUCCUCCAUCGGAGCAUGCGAUCUAGAAGAUCUAAUCUCAAAAGAUCGUGCUGGUUAUCAUCUCUUCAACUAUGCUCAUCGUCAUGAAAAUGAGGACAUCAGUAGUGUUUUUUUCAUUUAUUCUAUGCCUGGAUCGAAGAUUCCGAUCAAAGCUAGAAUGUUGUUUUCAUCUUGUAAGUCUCCCUUGAUUGAAACAAUUGAAGCUCAUUUUAAAAUUAAAAUUAACAAGAGGGUUGAAUGCGACUGCAGUGACAAACUAACCGAAGAAUUUCUUCGUAAUGAAAUUCACCCUCCAACUGCUGAAGCUCGACAUAAGUUUACCAAACCUAAAGGGCCAGGAAGAAGGGCACCUGCACGCAGACCUAAAAAAGAAGUUGAAAAUGGAGAAUGAUCUUGAAAUGCUGCUUAAAACUUGAUUAAUCAUGAAGUUAACAAUUGUGUAAUCGGACAUAAUUCUAUUACACUGCAGCCUUGAAUAUCUUGAGUUUGUGCCAAAAUAAUUCAAGCAAUAUCAAUGUGUUGUUCCACAUAAUUAAUUAUAAAGUAUAUUUAUUCUUAUAAGACUUUACAUUAUCACACUGGUGUUCACUUAUGUGGCUUUCUAUUCAAAAUUCAUCAUCAGAUAUAGCCACAAAGGUGCUUAACACUGAACUUUUGCAUGAUUGUUGCUAUAGCAUUGGUAUUGUAUUUCCCCUAUUUUAAUCCAAAGUCAUUUAACUGGUUCAUUACCAUAUACUGCGGUUUCCACUAUACUUAUGUAUGAUUUUUUGAUCUACCCAAAGCAUAUAAUUUGGUGGGUAAUUUGAGUUCAAAUAUUUUACCAUUUUGUUAUUCACAAUUAUUGUAAGCACUUAAAUAUUUCAAGACCUACAGAAUAUAGAAUGUAUUCUUUACAAUUUUAAUUUGAUUAGCGCUUACUGUAUCAGCUAAAACACCACCUACCACAACUUUGUGUUCAUACGAAUGUAUCCAUUAGUCUUGAUGCAAUUGUUUAAUCACGAACUGCAAAUGGAAAAAGUUUAUUUACAGC